UUUUUGUAAGCGAGUCUUUAAAUAUUGCGAAAAUAUCCAGAGCAGGAGUGGCGCAUCUACGGAUAGUUUUUGCAGCAAAAAGUUUAGUUUUAGUUUAGUACAGUACGUCGCUGCGGCUCACGGCUUGUUAGUUGUUUGCAGUAUUGACAUGCUUCUACGAUUUCAGUUAACGUUACUGUUGUUUGCAAGAGCAACUGCGGCAGUUCGCGCCAAGACAUCACCAAGUCCUUACUAUCCUAAGAAUUAUUACCGGAGAACAAUCAAGGAGCCAACAGUUGAGCAGCGCCCGAGAAAUGAUGAUCAAAAUGUUUACCAAACCCACGCACAACGUCUUCCCCAUCUUUACAGCGUGCCAGCUCCAGCAUCUGGAUCUUCUAGCAGACUUGAUCGAUUAUCAAUCAACAAAAUGCUAAAAAUGGAAGCGACAACCCAGGGCCCUGCGCCAGGCACAAGAGCUCCUCCGAAUACGAACCCUAGAUUCCAGCAAUACUCGUUGUCCAUGCGGCGCCCUUUAUAUACUGUGGUGGUUGAGAGGCAGAACAACAGAAUCCCACUCUUACCGAAUCUGGCACUUCCUUCCACCACCACAACUACUGCUGCUCCUCUGGCUUCCGGUUCACCAAAAGCCGGCGGUCUUACUGCUCCAAAUGUUGCUAGUAUUGGUCAAUCUAAUGUCGGCAUUUCCAUGAAUGCCGACGAGAUUCGCAAAUUGUUUGGGUGGUAGGCAUUUAAAACACUCAUGUUUCGUAGUUUGACCUGUGUGCAAAUGUCUGAUUAAUUAUUGCCGGAAACGUGAAUAAUGGUGGCAAUUAACAUCCGCUUGAUAAUAUUAAUCGUAUGCAUAUGACCAAUACCCUACCGGUCGAGUAAUAAUUAUGAAUAAGUACGUUGCACAUACUAUAGUUGUACACCGAACCCUAGGUGUUGAAUACGCAAU